AUGCCUCACCCAGAACUGAUGAGGCAAUGGGGGAGACAGGCCAGUGCUAGUAAAUACUUGGGCAGCAUCCUUUAUAGUGAGCUGGGAAGCUGCUGGUGCAGGGGGGGAUUCGGGCCAGGUGAGGACCUAAAGCUGGUGGAUCGAUUGGGGACCAAUCACUGUGGGAUGAAAACACGUUGCCUGUUUCCAUGCUCCUUUAGGGGAUGAGCUGCCCCUUCCCCAGGCUGUGUUUUCAUUUCCAGUCCAUUCUUCCCCCUCCUUCCAGGGAAACCAUCUCCACGGCAACCUCAGAACUCCAGGCUCUGCCUCAGAGCUGCUCACCCAUCCCCAGGACCUAGCUGGGCAGGAUGAAGCUGCUGGGUGCUCUGUUGCUGGCUACUCUCUUGACUGGCGCCGCAGCCCCUUGGCCAGAUGAACCUUCCAGGACCUGCUUCUUCCAGAUGCUCAGCGGCGUGGACAGCUUGUUCUGCAGAGGGGAUUUGGAAGUCAUCUACCCCGAGCUGGGUGACGUGGGCUGCUCGUACAUCCCCAAGUGCCACCAGUACCGGCAGCGGAUCAGCAGGGAAUGGGGCAGCCCCCGUGUUCGGUACCCGCAGGCUGACAAGAACAAGAAGUACGUGCUGAUGCUGGUGGACCCCGAUGUUCCCAGCAGAGCCAACCCCAAGAACCGCUUCUGGAGGCACUGGUUGGUCACCGACAUCCCAGGUGCGAAUCUGAGGACUGGGGACGUCAAAGGGCACGUGCUGACGGAUUACGUCCGUCCCACGCCUCCUCCCCUCAGCGGGUACCACCGCUACCAGCUCCUCCUGCACGAGCAGCCAGCGCACGAGGCCAUCACCCUGAGCCCCGAGGAGCGGGUCUCACUGGGCUCCUGGGCGAUGGAGAGCUUCGUGAAGCAGUUCCGCCUGGGCUCACCAGUGGCCUCCACACAGUUCCUCACCAAGUACCACCAGGAUUAGCUCUGGCCGUUGUGCCCUUCCCCCGUGCAGCUGCAUCCCCUUCCCUGCAUCCCAGAGCCACAUCUGGGACCCACCGAGGAUGCACCCGCCCUUCUCCCAGCCCAGACUGAGAACAGAAACCCAGCCCCUCCGCUUCCCAAAGCCGGGAGAACCCCCUCAUCCCCUCCGAAGGUAACAUCCCAAACGGUGUCCUGGCUCGCCUGGGUGUCCCGGGAAGGCGGCAUCACCCUCUUCUCCUCCCCUCGCCCCAUUUCUGGCCUGACCCCCAGCAUGUCCCUCCUGCACCUUGGGGGUCUCAUGCCUUAAUGCCUGCAGCUUUCAGAAUAAACCAUGAGCGGAUGGAG